AAGGCAACAGAGCAAUAACAAGAGAAUAUGCACAUAUAUCAUUGUCGUCUAGUCGUACAUUGUAUAUAGCACCUGUGAUGUGGCUUUUAUCAAUAUGGCAAAAAUCAGCUGAAAUGGCGCAUCUCUGUCAAUAACAAUCAGUUUUGUGGGGGGUUUUAUUGUUAGCGGCGCAACGAAAUGCAAAGCACGCAAAACUUAGCCAGGCGAAUUCUAGGAAAUAUAUAAAUUUCGAUCAAAAUGGCUACUUUGGCAAAGCCAAAAAAAGAAAAAACGAAAAAACAAAGGGCAAUCCACGAUCGCCAGCAAGAGGCAGAGGCGGAGGGGAACGAGAAUGAGUUGUCAACAAAUAUUGUUGACCACGAACAAAGGCAACUAGAUAAUGCGUCGCUGCUGGAGGAGUUCGAGCGUGUUGCUGCACUGGCCAGCAGCAGCAACAAAGCCGAAGCCAUCAUCAGUCACGAUUGCUGCAUAUCAAGUGACGUAGUACCGGGCGAGCUGGAGAUAACAACAGCAGCAACAGAUACACAGGCACCUGCAGCAAGUGAGGAACUUGAGCCAGCGCCCAGCGCGCCAUGUGCACCCGUUGCACCGGCGGCAUGCGUUCCCUUGGUGCAAUAUCCCAAUCUGGAGCCGAUACGAGUAGCCAAUGCGCUGGUCGAGGAGCAGAAGACGCCGAUUGUUUAUAGGGAACGGGUGGCGCGCUCGGCGGGCUUUGCGCUGGCCAGCAGUAAUCUGAAGCCGUUUAGCAGCGAGCAGCUGAAGCAGAUCUAUCAAUGCUCGGACUUGCAACUGGUCAAGCAGUUCGAAUUGGAGUUCCUAAUGAACACACUGCUCGAAUCCAGUGAAACAGAUCCGCUCUAUCUGGCACUGCAGGAGUACUACAACUUGCAGGGCAAGCUCUCGUCAAAUUUGCACGAUGUCAAAGACAAGCGCAAGGAAUGCCUGGACACGCAGCAGCUGGUCUGGACGCGGGAGCAGGUGACACGCAGCUUCAGCGCCAGCUGCGGCGAUGGCAACGUGGUGCGGGAGAGCAUAACUUACGAACGCAUUAAAGUUGACCCAAUUCGGUUGGAAUCUGCCACGGCGGCAUUAACAUUCCUCUACGACCUGGUGUGCCAUACAUACACCUCGAACCUGAUUACGGCAAAGAUAACAAAAGUGAAAAUCGAUCAGCUCAUUGACGAGCUGCUCGCGUAUCCUGUGGAUGCCCAGGCAACUAUUGUUUUGCACAACCAAUUGGAUGCAGCUGCUCUUGAGUGCGUGGCCAAACUUCGACGCGCCAUCUGCAUUCUCUUUAGCUUUGCGCGACGACCGAGUCCUAAUGCGAACUUUGAUGCGGAUCUGAAGCUUUGGCUGCGCAAGCUUGUUGCACUGCAGCUGUUGCUGGCGACCAAGGAGGAUCAUUGGUUUCUGCUCUUCAACAUUUUGCGUUGCCCCAACGGCGUCGGCGCCUGGGCUGCUGAAUUUUUGCAGCUGCCUGGCAUGGUGCAAGCACUUUCAAAGUCGAAUGGAACGCAGCCCAAUGAGCUGCCGCUGCCACUCGCUUCUCCAGAAAUUAAUCACUGCAUCGCCGUGCUGCAAAUUCUGCUGCUGCCCAUUAAAAAGCGCAACGAGUAUCUGAAGAGUCAGGCACAAGCGCACCGGGAGCUUUCGCAUGCAACGGGUGGUGCUGAGCGCUGGACAGUCGUCGACUCGGAUGGCGAGGAUACACUGACGCCGACAGGCGAAUGUGUGGGCCUUAAGGAGACCGAUCUGAUAGCGCUGCUCAAUCAGCUGCCGUUCGAUAAGCUCUUUACCUCCGCCUUGUGCAUUGAGAAAUUCCUGAAUGACUACAUCAUUGAGCCGGACAUGAUAACGCCCCAGCAGAUGCUUACGGUAGUGGCCUUUUUUGCUCAACUGGUGGAGACGCUCGGCGAGGGCAUGAUGACGUACAACAACGAACGCUACAAGCAGCUGGCCAAGCGUCUGGGACGCCUGGUGCGCCAUUCGCUGCAGUACGCCUCCGAUUACCAUGAGCUCUUCCUCAACAACAAUUUGCCCAAGUCGCAGGAGCUUUGCGAGCGCAUUGAGCUGGAAAUGCAAGCAUUGCUUAUACGCGCCUGCAGCUACAUUUAUCGCUCGCGCAAUUUGGGCACCUGGCAGUACUUCUCCACGCUGCCGUACACGACGCUUCAUGCGGACAUUAUUUGGCAUCUGUUCUACUAUCUUAACGUGGGCUUUCCCAGCGAUUUGACCAUCCAGCUGACCGCUGAUCCGGAGACUGUAUUUCAGACAGAUUUCUGGAGCAAGUUUGAUGUGGCCAAUGCGGAUGUGUCCGCUGAGGAUAUGUACUAUCUAUUGCAGGCCUUCUUCGAGAUGGCCAAUGCACGCGAUCGCACCAAGGACUGGCCAAUAAUCCGCAUCAUUUGCUUAACCAUCUUUCAGAUUGGCUUUAUUCAUCAAAGCACUCGCGAGUUCUGCUACAAAGCCGCACGAGAUAUGCUCAUCAGCAUUACCCUGGCCUAUGAGGAGCUCUUGGAUUGCCUGUUGUUGCAGCUGAAGACGCGGUUCGCUGAGAUCGAGCAGGCGGCAUAUCUAUUCAAGGCUCUGCCGCUAGAGAUCUGGCGCCCAAGCAUGGACAGCUUUGAGCUGCUCUCCAACUGGUUGCUACACUUUGAUUACCAAACCGCUGAGAACCGACUGGCGCGUCUGAUCAUUGGCCAUCUCAACUGGAGCUUUGAUGACGAGGGUCGUCUUUAUUUACAGCAUAACAUUCACGUGCGCAUGGCUUGUCUUGUGGCCGAGGCUAUAAGCAAGCACACGCCGGAGGUACUUGGUGCCUCCAGCAUCUCGGAGAGCGUGCGGCAGGUCUCCUCGCUGAUCGACUCGACGCAGUCCAGCCGCGAACAGUUCACCAACUGGUGCUGGCGUAUGAUAUCCAUGCUGCGUCUGCAUCUGAUGGAUCAGAGUGUCGAAUCUGUUAAACGCACGCUGCAGCAUCCGACGGAGCCGUUGCUCUUUGUGCCAGACCUGGAGCGUCUGGAGAUGAUUUGGCAGGGCGUCACCGAGCAGCGCCCACUCGCAAUGUAUGUCGCCGUUUUGGUCAGCCUACAUGGCCAUUCGAUACCGCUUAUAUGCCAGCAUGGCUUCGAGCUGCUCCAACAGCUGCUCAGCGACCAUCGCCAUGCGGCUGUCAUACGCAGCCUCGAGCUGAUUGUGCCGCUGUUCCUCGAGACGCCCGAUACGCUGGCCAACUGCGAAAGUUUUCAGAAGCUGCUGAUAACGCUGCUCAAUGCGGACAGAACUUACCUGAAACUGGCCAAGGACAUGGUUUAUGCCAAUUCCAUUGGUCCCAUUCUCGAAUUGCUGGAUAAUAUGCUGCAUCAUCAGAUUGUGUCCUAUACCAACUAUGGCCUCUGCUCGCCUUUGAAUCUUAUAAAUAUCUGGCUCAAUUGCUUUACUGCAUUACCUGGCUGGGCACAGAAUGCGCACGUUCUGUACCUUCUGGAUAAGAUGCUACGAAUCGCCUAUCAGUUCGCCGAUUGUCGAGCGCAGGCCGUCGAGUACUUUUACAACUACUACAAGGACUGCGCCGACUGGAAGACACCACCAAAAUCUUCGGCACUGAAAGCGCUAUUUGGCGGUCAGGCAAACUUGCGUAUACCCGUGCUCUCGCCCCAGAAUUGCUGGUUAAAUCUUGUGCUAUUAGAGAUUGAAUUCAGGCUGCAGGACACACGCUUUUGGCCGGAACUCUUGCGUCAGCUUUCCACACAAACGGUGGAGGCGGCGCUCAAGAAAACUCUUGCGCUCAGCAAGACGAAUAGCUUUCCGGCCCAGCAGCUGGUUAUCUACAAAUACGCACAGCUGCUGAGCAGCAUGGAUGUCACACAUGCGCUCUUUCCGAUCUUCUGCCAGAAAUUCUUUGAGCUCUAUCUGUGGCGAGUGCCCGCCGAAUGCGACGCACAGCAGCUGAAUCAAAACUAUGGUGUCGCCGAAAAGUUCUACGAGCACAACGUAACUCUAAUGAAGUCGAUUAAGACGCAGCUGAAGUCCGCCGAGGUCUAUUACGCUGCUGUUGCCACAAAGCGCGCCCAGGACGAUGCUCCCGCGCACAUGUAUCGCAGCUGCACGAAGCUGAUGCAAAGCUGCGCGCUCUGGCUGGAGGACACGCAGAUUAAUAAAUUCGCCAGCGAUGCCUGCCAGCUGCCGGCACAAUAUAACAGCGAGAAGCUGCGCGAGCUGCUCAACGGCCAUGUCACGCACUGGACCGAGUUUAUUAGCCCCGCCGAUCUGCGCAAGGAGCAGCGCGAUCAGGCGAACAAAUGGUCCGCCAAGAUGUAUCGCGUGCACGCACACAAGACCUUGCGCUCUGCGCUCCAGCCCAAGCCGAGACUGCCACCCGCCCAGCGUCUCAAAGCUAAUCUGGCUACCUAUGAUAAACGCCUGCCACCACCCACCCACACUCGUCCGGAGCAAAUCCAAAAGCGUCCCAUCGACGGGCUGACGCUGUCCGAGCUAAAGCGUCUCAUACAAACUCUCAACAGCACCGCCAACAAGUUUCAUUACAAUACGUCGGAGCUGAAUUCCCUUAACCUAAAUUAUCUGGAACGCGUGCCAGCCUUGUACCAGAUGGUGCCUUACAAUGAGACGCGCAGUAAGGAAUGCGAAUCCUUACUCUUCAACCGAAAGUGCGUGCGACCGGCACAAAUCCAGCUGGUGCCGGAGCACAUACGUCGCAACGAGCAAGUGGCGCGAAAGCAGGAACAGAACAGGGAACGUCACGACAAGAUCGUAGAAGAGAUGCUGGCACUUAAUGUGGAUGGCUUCGCACAGGCCAUCGAAAAGCUGGGCAGUUGCAUACGGCAGCUGCUGCAGGAGCAGGCCAAGCCCAACAAACAGGUGACGCCCAUUGGCGUUGGCUUCUUCUACCAUGUUGUAGACAACAUGAACGAUAUAACCAUGAAGUUUCAGCCCACAAACGAUUUCUAUUCCCAAGUGCUGGAGGAACUGGGCAUAUUUAUUCAAGCCGAGCAGGCGAAGCAGGGUCUGACUGUGCUCCGUUUGGCGCUGCAACGUGGCGACCUGGUGGAGCAGCUGGCCGGCGUGUUUGUGCCCUGCCGCACGGAUGCCGAACACUUUCUGGACAUGUAUCAGUUCCUCAUCGACUCGCAUCUCAAGCGCUGCGAUACCAAAAUUCUAUUCGUGCUGCUGUCCAAGUUCGAUUUACUCAGCUGGCUGGAGGCCUAUCAGCCGAAGCUAAGCGAAAUAAAUCGGCUGCUGUUGCUCGUGCUGCAAGGUCUAGAGUCCUGGUCGCAGCCACACAGCAGCCUUUUGCAGGAUCAAUUCCGUCGACAGCUGGUGCACAUUUUUACCUACGACUUUCCGCAGCAUUACGGUGAGGUCAUGCAGCUGGUGCUCGAUCGCGUAUCUGACCAGAAACUGAUGCCGGUGGUGCUGCUCGAUCUACUUAAUGCGCUGCUAUCGCCCGCCAGCUCGGUUCUGACAUUGGACUGCACGGAGGUGCAGCUGCACGAGGUGGCCUUUGACUUUGCCCGUCGCCAAAAGUUGUUUACUCUGAAGGCGUCGACGGAGACGAUGUUGCUGUUUGCGCGGCACUUUCAAAAGGAGCGACUGCAUCAUGGCCUCCAUGGACUGUAUCCCAAGCACAAGGAUUAUUGCCAGCCGCUGGUCAUGUGGUUCACCUGCUUUGGACACGUGCUCCUGGCAGCCGCUAUUUGCAGCUACCAGGAGCUGCUGGCCGAUCAGAUUAGCGACAUUGUAUUUGGCUCCAUUGUGGAGACCUAUGCACCAUGGUUAAUCCCAUACACGGAGCAAACGGAACAGGCGGCAGGCGCUGCCGCGCACUGGAUACGUCAGCUUAGUCCCGAUCAAGGCAAGGUCCUGCUGCCAUGGAGUGAGACGCAUGUGGCAACCAGCAAGCUUAUUAUCAGAUCCUUUAUAGCCAAUAUUGUGCAGGUGGUGCAGUAUCUGCCCGCUUCAAGCAAGAUACUGGAGCACGUUUUCGCUUGGUAUGUGCACCACUUUGCCCAACUCAACGUAGCUGGUCAUGUGCUGGCGCCCAUUCACGAGGGACUUGCACAACUGCCCUGGGAGCGCUUCCUGCCGCCCGCUCAGCACAUUGAACUGCUCUAUGAGAGCGUGCAGCGCUUCAUACCCGAGUCUCAUGCUAUGCUAGGGCACAUAUUUAUACGGAUCGAUUGGAACACCUGGUUUACACAAAUGCUGCAGCCGACGGGCCUGCUCUCGCAUCUAUUCAACAUCUUUAUCAAAAUGGCUUUCGAGCCAAACAUUCACAUGCAUCCCAACACAAGCAAGAUUCUCGAGGAUGCCAUCAAGCAUCCCUGGUAUCUCGUCGAGUACAGCGAACUGGAGCAGUUGCUGAAGUGGUUCGUGACCCAUGUGGAGCCGGCCAUUGUGCUAAAGUUGCCCACGGAGAGCAACUACGUUGAUCGCGCCGUUCUGGAUCUUCUGCGCGUGGCCUGCGCUAUGCUGCCAGACAGCAGCACGCAUGGAGCAGUAAUUCAGGCAACAGCCAAGCGCAUGCUGUACACACGGUCUAUGAUGAGUAUGCAGCGCGCCUGUGGAGCCAAGCACAAGAAGCUGUUGGCCACCAAGGAGGGUGAACGCAGUUUUAGCGUUGCUUUUGAAAAGCUUCUGGAUUCGAUUGACCUGGCCAUCAGCGGCUGCAGUGAACAGCGCACGCCGGAGGAGCAGCGUCGUGAAGCACUCAAUCUUAUGCUCGAAAUUGUGGCGCCCACACAGACGCAAAGCGAGGAGAUCUCCAACCUCCACAUCCAAACACUUGUGCGCUGGCAACAUCAAUGUCCGCCAGCCAAUCCGGUCAUGUGUGCGGCUCUACCUGCCAUUGGGCAUCUGAAUACCUAUAUUUCGUGCAUCUACACGCUCCUGGAGUCCACCAUUGAGUGCUAUUUCCGCAGAUCGACGGAGAACGCCCCUUGGCAUUCGCCCAGCUGGCGGGAUCUGUUUGAGGCUCUGCAAAUGUCGCUGCCCAAGCUCGAGCUGAUGCCCGUCAUGCGCGGCGGCUAUUUCUUUUCGCUGCACAUCUUUGUGCUCUACAAGUUGGAGGAAAUCGAAACGGAUGGCGAAAAGGUCACAUUCCUGCAGGACCUCACGCAAUUACUGGAGAAUUUGAAAACUAAUCCGCAAACCGAACCGCGUAUGGCGCUCGUCUGGGGUCUCAUUAUAUCACGUGGCUGUAAGCUACUUCAGAGUUCGCAGCAUGUGAAGAAACCGCUCUGUAUGCUGGCGCGCCACCUGCAAAUAGCCUCAACAAAGGCCGAGGGCUGGAGCGAUGGUCUGCUGGGCGUUAUUGGCCUUAAAUCGGAGAAUAUUACCAAUAAACGCAAGGUGCUGACCCGUUGCCUCGCAUGCAUAAUCUACUCGCUCUUUCCGGCCAGCCGGGACUUACGACUGCCUUGCGAGGAGUACGAAAGCGCCAUGCGGGAGCUGGCCAUGCUGUUGGCCAAUAAGAAAUUCGUGGACGUUAAGCCGCUGAUUGUCAGGGCCGUAACCAUUCUCAAGGAGCAGCUGUUGCCGGACGUGCGAUCUGUGCCCCAUUUGAUUUGCCGUCUGAUCGAUGUGUUCUAUGAGGAGAGCUAUCUAACGACCAUUCCGGAGGUAUGGGAUUGCGAUUUCAAGCUAAAAGCAACCUAGUUAUCGUUGUGGCAGCCAGUUGUGUUAAUUUUUUCUACGGAUUAUAGAUAUAUAUAUAUAUAUACAUACAUAUUUACAUGGAAGAAUAAAGUGAUACUUUUUUUUGCUACUUUGGAAAUUGCAAGC